AUGGAACAAAAAAUUAAAUUACUUUUUUAUAUUAAAAUUUAUAUCUUUAUCUUUUUAAUCUGGAUACGUCAUUUUCCUAUAGAUAUAAGUAAUGGUAAUAAAUCCCUAUACGAGAAGCAGAACAACAGAAGUAAAAUAUAUAUAAUAAUUUAUAGAUCACUGGGAAUAUAUAUACAGGAUAAGGAUUCAAAUAUAAUACAGCUAAAGACAGAUAUACCAAAUAAAAAAGAAUAUAGAAAUACAAAUAUAACUCAUAAUGAAAUGAGGAUUAAAUGUAAAAACAAACAGUUAUAUAAAAAUAAAUUAAAUAGUGCUGAUGGAUAUAAACAAGAUAAUAGAAACAAAUCUUGCAUAUUUGAAACAAACAAAUAUUCCCAUCUUGAAAAAAAAAUAUUCAAAGAACUUGAUUAUGUAGAUUUUCUUAGAAACAACAGGGCAAUUAGUUACAAGACUUACAAACAAAUUAUAUGUAAAAAAUAUGAAUUAAGAAUUGUCUUACCUUUAUUAUUAUUGAUGUUGUUAUCCGUAUCUCUCCUAUUAGAUUUAUUAUGCAGUUGUGGACUUGUAAGAGGGUUUUUGAAAGUUUUGAAAAUUCUCGGUGUUACAGGUGCUAUGAGAAUAAGUUUAGGUAAAUGGUUGUUGAGUAUACCUCCUUUAAAAUGGUUGUUAAUAUCUGCAAAACAUGUAAAAUUUGAAAAAGUUACAAAUGCUGGAAAGCAGGUAAAAGAAUUUAGCUUUGUUACAAGGAACUUUUUUUUCAUUCUCAUAUAUUUCGUACUUUUCUUUACUCUAGGUAUAACACUUAUAUCAGGAGUUAUUUAUUACCAUAAAAAAGUUAAAAAAUACGAAAAAAUUAAGUUCAAAAAAAGAUAA